GAAGCUUUAAGGCUCGGACCAUCCGGCCUAUAAAUACUGAUUUCCCACACGCUAAUCAUACGUUGCUCUUGCUGAUUGGUUCGGAAAGAAAGUUUUGGUUCGACGAUUGGAUAUUUUGUUCUUCAUUUCAGAGUAUUGUUUUUUGGACCAAAAGGGAGUGGAUUGAACGUGAUUAGAAGAAGGUGGAAUGGCAUUAGUUUCUGGACGAAAAUCUACACUGAAUCCUAACGCCCCUCUUUUUAUUCCCGCUGCUGUUCGGCAGGUGGAGGAUUUCUCACCGGAAUGGUGGGAACUGGUUACCACCUCAACAUGGUUCCAUGAUUACUGGCUCUGCCAGAAUCAGGGAGAGGAUGGUUUUUAUGGCAACGGUGAUGAUGAUUUUGAUGGCAGCAAUGUUGCUGACCUGCUGCCAGAUACAAUUGAUUUUGGUGUUGAUGAUGAUUUCUCAAGUAUGGAUGCUCAGUUUGAAGAAUUCAUCCAACCUUUAGAAGCUGGAGAAGCAAACAAAUUAUCUUUCUCUGCUGUAAAAGGAAUGCCUGAAAAUGGGGUAACAGGUUUGAACAUUGAUGCCGAGGGACUGAUGAAGACUUUGAGCUUGUCAAAAUCUGGGAAGGAAAGAGUUCCCAGGUCUCUGGUUGCACCGGCAAAGCACUGGGAGAAGGCAGCCAAGUGCAUGAGCCCAAAAUGCAGCCCGCGGCGCAUCCAGCAGCCCCGCUGAAUGUCAGCUUGCAAGUGCGCUCACUAGUUCAGUUUCAGUUUAUCAACCGAGUCUUUGUUUCCUGUAACGUAUGUAUAGAGAGCAAGGUUGCAAGUCUUGUAUAUAGCCUUGUUCAAAUUCUGAUUUCUUCUGCUUCAGUUUAGCCAGAAAGAACUUCUGAAAAAUGUUAAAAAACAUAAUUAACGAAUUUUCUUUUUAGUGGUCAAGAGAGAACUUCCUUUCUUCUUA